UUAAGUCAUUUUAAGUUGGGUGUUCUAUUUCAGUCAAAUCAUCCUAAAUGAUAUCUUUUAAAAAUAAUUCUUCCCAGAAGAAUGGAUCAUGGCAGAAUACAGAAAAUGAGCUGAUGUGUGCAAGCGUCCUUUCUGAAGUAACAACAGCUAUGUGUAUAUGAAAUGUUUACUCUGUGGUAGGUACUCUGGAAGCACCUUUUAUUCACUGUCUCAUCUGAUUCUCAUGACAGCCCUGUCAUUAUCACUGCCCCCCCCCUUCCCAUUUCGCAGCUGAGGAAGUCAAGGUGCAGAAAGGUUAAAGGAAUUCAUAAGUGAAGCACUGAGAUCUGAACUCAAACAAUCCAGCUAAAAACUCAUGGUCUCAGCCACCAUGCUGUGUUGCCUUAAAAAAUUACACUAUGACAGUGGAACGUUUUUGCUUAACUCCAGAGACUUUAAUUCACCCACCUAGAAAACCUGUCAUGAAAACAUAGAGGAUUUUUUUCCUGAGAGUUCUUAGGACCAUGAAACAGUGUUGCAAAUCCUGUUCAGAAAUCUGGGACCAUGCAGAUGACCAGGCAGAUGGAAGAAAAGUAAAAAUAUGAAAAUAAAAAACAAAACCUGGGAUCAAUGCUUUCAAGUUUCACCUAGCUUUAACUUUCUGGAGGAGGAGAAAUACGACACAGACCCUAUGCAUUGAGAAUAGAUGGCGUUGGAGUUGUGGAUUGUCUGUGCUUGCCAAACAGCAUCCAGGAAGAAAAGCAAUGCAUUUGACUUCCCUGCUUGGCAGAGCCACUGCCUCUAGAGUAUUACUCAAAAACUGAUUUUUUUAAAAUAAAAAUAAAUGAAUUUGUAGACGAUAUAAUGUUCCAUGGAUCUCUUCUGUUAUUUCCUGGGCAUGUCUCUCCAUGCCCAGAAACCUUGCCUUCUCACAGCUGUUGCAUAACCUUUGCUUGUGGUGGUGUUUGUUCCUGUUGCCUUGAAAGUCCCUUCGCUGCAUUCUCUUCUCUGCUCAGCAAAUUCCAGCUUCUACUUAAAUACCUCCUCUGUGAAGUUUUGACUGAGAUGCUGCAACAAUUCCCGAGCUGUUUCCUCGUGGCACCUUCCUGGUGGCAGGUGGAUUAGCACAUUGUCUGCAACCCAGGACGACCUGGAGGAAAGUCCCAGCUCUACUGAUUCUAACUGAGUAACCUUGGCAAAAGUCACCUCACUUCUCUCUGAGUCUUAUUUUCUCAUCUGUAAAAUGAGGAGGAGGUCCUCAUCAUCCAAACAUCACGGGACUUCGUUAGGUCAGUGCUUCGGAGCACUUAGCACAGCGCCUGGCACAAGGUUCUUUGUGAACUUCCCCUCGGCCAAGCAGUACUUCAGCCAGUUCAAGCACAUGGAGGAACCCCUGGAGAUGGAGCGGAGCCCCCAGCUGCGGAAGCAUGCCUGCCGAGUCAUGGGGGCCCUCAACACUGUCGUGGAGAACCUGCACGACCCCGACAAGGUGUCCUCUGUGCUGGCCCUUGUGGGGAAAGCGCAUGCCCUCAAGCACAAGGUGGAGCCAGUGUACUUCAAGAUCCUCUCUGGGGUCAUUCUGGAGGUGGUCGCCGAGGAAUUUGCCAAUGACUUCCCACCUGAGACGCAGAGAGCCUGGGCCAAGCUGCGUGGCCUCAUCUACAGCCACGUGACCGCUGCCUACAAGGAAGUGGGCUGGGUGCAGCAGGUCCCCAACGCCACCACGGCUAGAGCCAGGAGGAUCACGAGGACACAUACACACACACAUGCCCCAGCCCACGAGGGAGCUACAUGGGUGUCACUCACACGCACACAACCCACCGGCCACACUGCCCUCUUCGGGGCCGUAGGACCCCUCCCUCCACCCCCCUCCCUGGCAGCACCUUGAGCAGAAGGCUGAGUUCUGAAGACCCUCCUUGAUGCUCCAUUUCUGGGUGCCAAGGAAGCUGGAGGAAUCCCUGACUCAACUUCCCCAAAGGAGGCCUCUGUGGUGGCCACGGUCCCCCCGCCUGGAGCUGCCGGGAGGCGGCGCUGGCUGCCUGGAUGCUGACCCCAGCGCGGCGGGCAGGGUGGGGGACCCUUCUUCCUCGCAGAGCGGGGCCCACUCUUCUUAGCUUUUCUACUCACUGUUAGAGGGACCUAGCUGAGCGGCUGGCGGGAAGCGGGACAGGUCUAGGAGUCCCUUGGGGAAUAAACCAGCCCUGUUUCUAUCAGCCCAGCCGGCAUGCAGGUCUGCACAUCACCAUCUAGAGUAUCACGCACACAUCUACCAUAUAUACAGAUAUAUUCUAUAUACGAGCUAUAUAUAAAUAUAUAUAUACACAUAUAUAUACACACACGUACAUAUCUAGAAUGUGUAUCCACGGGGCCCAGAAGCCUCGGUUCGGCCCCCACCUGUGAGUGGGGCAGGGAGCGGUUCCGGUUGUGCAGAGAACAGAGUGUUCUGGCAAAGAGGAAAUCCCGCAGCAGCGCAGAGGACCUGGGCCUGGAGGGGCAGGGCUGGGGCGACCUGGCUUGGCGGCAAAGCCCAGCCCUUCUCAGACCAGCUCCCCACAUUCCUGAAUUCCACUUCCAGGCAGAAAGGAGUGGGCUCCCCCUACUCCCUCAGAGGAACUGACUCACUGACUGUCCUAGAAUGGGCAAGGGCAGAGCGAAGUUCUGGAUGGGAUGACUGCACUAGGGGAGGGGCCUCCGUCCAGAAACCUCGACCGCCAGCUCCACCUGCCUUGGCCACCAGGGUAGCCCCGGGGAAUCCGGGCUGCUGGGCAGCAGGUUGGCGGGACCACAUGCCUGGGUCUCACCCUCAGCCCCGAGGGCCGAGGGCUUUCCCCACCCCCUUCUCCUCCUGGCCGGCAGUCGGCCCUGUCUAUUUAUGUGCGCCAGCCGUGCUGGGGGGCCCCCAUGUGUGCCCCUUGGUCACAUGUAUCGUCUCCAAGGAUGUUUUGCUGCUGUGGCUACUAUGCCUGUGUCCCCUCCUGGCCCAUCCUCAUCUUCAUCUGUGUAACUGCCUGUUCGCCUUUUCUAGUUUCUGAUGUUUGUAACCAGACCCAGCUGUGUCAUUAAACAGACCUGUUCUUGCUGUA